AAGCUGUUUGGCUCAAUCACGGCGCAAAGCGGGGAGAAGAAACUCGGCCAUGAAGCUGACCUCCAUCUUGGCCUUUUGCCUGGGCGGUGCAAAGGCGCUCAGCCCCGGCGAUUGUGCCUUCACAGCAGUCUUCGCGGACGAACCGAGCCAGUUUGGUUUGCUGCUUCUCAAGGACUUGGAUGAGACCAUCUUCGUGACGGAUCAUGGAUUGACGGCUGAGGGCUCCCUGAACUCCGUGGGGUCUGUCACCAAGCAGCACACGGGUCGCGUGGCGGCGGGCACGGUGCUCAAGAGCGCCGACUUCCAGGGUGAAGCCGGCUCCAUCGCUGGCGACCACCUUGUGGCUUACACGGGCUCCAGGGAGUCGCCAACGCUCCUUUGCGCGGUGCACAUGGAGGACCUCUCCGGGUCUGGCCGCACGCUCUCCGGCCUUGAGGAAGGCAUCUCUGCGGUUGUCCUGCCGGAGUCCGACAACGCGUACUACACGGGGCCUGUCUUGGGAACAGUCGACGAGCUUCGCGCGGCCAUCAAUGACAGGAGCCUGUGGACGUCAGAGAACGUGCGCCCAGAGGAUGGCCGCAUCCUGAGCAGCUUCGUCAUCCAGAGCGGCGCCAACACCACCACUGCAAUGACGGAGACCACGACCUUCAUGAACAGCACUAUGAUGACCACGACUGCCACCACGAUGUUCUCAACGGCAGAGCCUACCACCAUGCCGCCGACCACCAUGCCGCCCACCACCAUGCCGCCCACAACCAUGCCGCCCACCACCACUACUGCUGCCCCAGAGGAGCCGCCGAGCGCCGCGUUCCACGCCAUGGCAGGGGUGCCUGUGCUCCUGGCUCUCCUGAGCAUGGCGUGAGUUUGACGUUUUGGUUCAAGGCAAUGUUCUUGACCAACCUCAAGGAUGUCCGGCUACAGAGCCCCUUAAUUUGCACAAGACUCAAGUCAUUGCAUUGCGGAAAUUCUAGCAGGGGCGCCGUGCUGACUUGGUUGAUUUGCAGCAAUCGAUCUCUCUGAGUUGCUCUUUGCUGUGCCCCUGUCAGCCGGUGCCCCUGUCAACUGCCUUUGACUCAUGGUUCCAUGCCGUAGUUGGGGUCUCACCACGACACUUCACACAUGAGACAGAGACCCCCUCGCCGGCUUAUGUGCAAGGAUACCCUUUGUCAAGGAAUGAGGGUAUCCUUGUCGCAGUCCUGUCCCUUCCUGCCCUUCAAGAGAGCAAACACUGCGCAGUGCGGAGAAAGUGUGCCUCGUGCAACUCGGCUCAUGAAAUGCCAAAUGCUUGAUCUUGAUCCAUCUCCCGCUGCCAGAUCAAAUUUUCCUGGAAUAGCUCCGAAAACGACCAAGUGUGUCACAGCCGGGAAGGAUGAUGUCCAAGAUCUCUAUCCUGCUCAGCUCGGUGGCCGCGGUGCAGGGCUCCUUGCAACCUGCUGAUUGCGCCUUCACGGCGGUCUUCGCGGAUGAGCCAUCUCAGUUUGGCCUCUUGCUGUUGAAGGACCUAGAGGAUGAGACCUUGUUCGUGACUGACCGCGGCCUGGCAGCGGACGGCUCCCUCAGCAGCAUUGGCUCUGUGACGAAGCAGCACGCGGGCCGCGCGACGGCCGGCACCGUGCUGAAGAG